ACGCGUCUGCCGAACCGUUUAAACAGCGCCGAGCACAAAAUCUGAAAAAUCAUUCAAAUAUUUCAAAAAUUCUAUAGAACCCCCAACGCCGAAGACUGAAAGCCGAAAUCAAAAUAAAUCGAACUCAAAACACAAUUCUCAAAUUGUUAAAAGCGGGUAUAAAAAGCAGUUUAAACGCCAAGUGAAAACCUUUAACUUUUUUCUGAUUAAUUAAGUAACCGUAAACAAGCGAGACCCGCAUAAUUAGCAAGGCAAACAGGAAAAAAUCCCGAGACUGAGUAUUAAAUCAAAAACCAAAAAAAAAAGAUAAAUUCAAAUCAACCAUUGACGCGCACACAAACAAACCAAAACGGAAGCUGUCCGUGUGUCCCUGUGUGUGUGUGUGUAUGAGAGAGGUCCUCAGGAACUGGGGAAUAUCAUAAUCGUCAUCAUUAUCAGCAGGAGCGGCAACAGCAGCAGCAUCAUCUUCAUAUCUUUCGUGGUCGCCGCUGCUGUCGUCAUCGUUGUCACAUCUCGGCAUAAAUAUUUAUGUUGACGAAUCUACCUGCGGCAGAGCGUCGCUAAUGAAGCGGCCAAAAUGAAAAUUAAAGGACAUAAUUAUGCUUAUGUUUUACGUGUUAAGUGCUUGGCAAGCACGAUUAAGGCGCUUUAUCACCCGCAACAACGGCAGCAACACGAACGACAAGCACGCCAGCAACAGCAAAAGCAACAGCAACACCAACGCCAACAGCAACAGCAACAGCAGCAACAGAGUCAACAGCAACAGCUGCGACGGCAGCAACAUCACAAGCAGCAGCAUCAGCAGCAGCAACACAUUUCGCUAUAGUCACACUCACUGACACGCCCCCAACCCAGAUAUAUACAUCUAUAUAUAUAUAUACAGUUAUACAGCCAGAUAUAUACACACAAAAUGCUGAAAACUGUGACAACAGCGAUGGCUGCCGCCGAUGACAAUGUCCCAGCGAGCAUUUUGGAAAUAGAACUGCCAGCCAUUUUGCUCAACGAGAGCCUCUUCAUCGAGCUGAAUGGCAAUCUCACCCAGCUGGUGGACACGACCAGCAAUCUCAGCCAAAUCGUCUGGAAUCGCAGCAAGCUGGAAAACGGUAAUGACAACAACAGCAACAUUUUCGACCUGGACGCCGAACAACGGGCGGCUGUAGAGUUUUGGCUACUGGUCAAAAUGAUCGCCAUGGCCGUUGUCCUGGGACUCAUGAUACUCGUCACCAUCAUAGGCAACGUCUUCGUAAUUGCCGCCAUUAUACUCGAGCGAAACUUGCAGAAUGUUGCCAAUUAUUUGGUUGCAUCUCUGGCAGUGGCUGAUUUAUUUGUUGCCUGUCUUGUCAUGCCGCUUGGCGCCGUCUACGAGAUAAGUAAUGGAUGGAUAUUGGGACCGGAACUGUGCGACAUUUGGACGUCUUGCGAUGUCCUUUGCUGCACAGCAUCCAUUCUCCAUCUGGUGGCCAUUGCAGCGGACAGAUAUUGGACGGUGACCAAUAUUGACUAUAACAAUCUGCGGACACCGCGUCGCGUAUUCCUUAUGAUUUUCUGCGUCUGGUUUGCGGCACUGAUUGUCUCCCUGGCCCCGCAAUUUGGCUGGAAGGAUCCGGAUUAUAUGAAGCGCAUCGAGGAACAGCACUGCAUGGUGUCGCAGGAUGUGGGAUAUCAGAUAUUUGCCACCUGUUGCACUUUCUAUGUACCGUUGCUGGUGAUUCUGUUUCUAUACUGGAAAAUCUACAUUAUUGCGAGGAAACGCAUUCAACGACGGGCUCAGAAGUCAUUCAAUGUAACACUAACCGAGACAGACUGCGAUUCCACGGUGCGGGAGAUGAAGAAGGAGCGCGGCAAGCGGCGGGCGGAGCGGAAGCGUUUGGAGGCGGGGGAGCGUACCCCGGCGGACGGUGAGGCCGACUCGCAGAUGCAGCGGCGUCCCCGCAAGCGGAUGCGUAUAUGUUUUGGCCGUAAUACGAAUACGGCCAAUAUUGUGGCCGGAUCGGAGGGUGCGGUGGCCAGAUCAAUGGCCGCCAUUGCCGUGGACUUCGCCAGCCUGGCCAUUACCCGCGAGGAGACCGAAUUCAGCACCAGCAAUUACGACAACAAAAGCCACGCGGGCACCGAACUUACCACCGUUUCCAGCGAUGCGGACGAUUACCGCACGAGCAACGCGAAUGAAAUCAUCACGCUGUCGCAGCAGGUGGCCCAUGCCACGCAGCACCAUCUGAUAGCCUCGCAUCUGAAUGCCAUAACGCCGCUGGCCCAGUCCAUCGCCAUGGGUGGUGCUGGCUGCCUGACAACGACCUCGCCCUCGGAGAAGCCAGGAGCGGGUGGAAGUGGUGAAGAGGUGUCCGGAACGGAGGGCACUAGUCCGGGAAAGAAUGCUGGAGUGGGUCUGGGCGGUGUACUGGCCAGUAUUGCCAAUCCGCAUCAGAAGUUGGCCAAGAGGCGACAGCUACUAGAGGCCAAGAGGGAGAGAAAGGCCGCCCAGACACUGGCCAUCAUCACCGGCGCCUUCGUCAUCUGCUGGCUGCCAUUCUUCGUGAUGGCCCUCACAAUGAGCCUGUGCAAGGAGUGCGAGAUCCACACGGCGGUGGCAUCACUCUUCCUCUGGCUGGGCUACUUCAACUCGACCCUGAAUCCGGUCAUCUACACCAUCUUCAAUCCAGAAUUCCGACGAGCCUUCAAGAGGAUUCUCUUUGGCCGAAAGGCUGCUGCCCGUGCGCGUAGUGCGAAAAUUUGAUUUCAACUGAAGGAUGACGAGGACCAGUAUUUGUAAUUAAGGUCAGGCGAUGGAGAAGCCGAAGUCACUUAAUGACUUCAAGGCAAUAUGCUACGGAAUUGGCAUUGUUUAAGGCAUAACUAGCAAGUAGAGACGAUGUUUUAGCAGUGACAAUCCUAACUAGCUGUAACUAAUUAACUAAAAUUCCUCACCACACACACGUGCCCCAAAAAAGAAAGACAAAAUACGAGAGAAAAACCAAAAGAAAAUUGUAACCGAAACCAAUCGAGAAACGGAAACUUGGAAUUAUGGUAGCUGAUACUCACUAAAUAUAAGUAACGCGUAUGUAUAGUAAUUUAUAAAUAUUUCUAAAGUCUUCCCUGUGUCUUAAAGAAACCCGAAAGUAGUACAUUUAGAUACCCUAGAACCCUAAGUAAGUCGAAGGAGCAGAGAUCGGAGAUCGAAGAUGGUGAUCGGUUAUAGGCUGGGUCCAAAGAACUUCUUACGCUUUCAUAUUCUGUGUUAGUUAAAAAAAAAGAAGAUAAAACGUGUGUUUAGUUAUAGCCUAAGCUGAGAAAUGCUCAAUUAUUUCGAUUGGAUUAAGCACACUAACACCAAAGUCAAUAUCAAAAACAAAAAUAUAACGAAUUUACACCGCAAACUCAUGACGACACACUGUGUAGCCCCGAAAAUCCCGGAAAAUGUUACAUAACACCAUAAAGGGUUAGCCACCGAAGUCACGGCUAAUUAGGCAAGUACACCCAACUUUAUUCAGCAAAAUUAGCAUAAAUUGAAAAACCGAAAGUUGAACUUUUGUUGCUAAUAUUCCUCACACACACACACAUACACACUCGAAAAAUAAAACCGAGGAAACCACAACAAAAAGUUUAAGCCAUGAUACAUGAUAUGCAGUUCUAUGCUGCACGCAGUGCACUAUGUGGAAUUUGACCCGUUUAUGUGGCCAAAAUUAAUAUUUUUAAAAUUAACAAAAUUUUCCACUACAGGUUUCUUGUAUAAUGAUGGUUAUGACUAAAGGAAGAUAUUUUUGAAAAGUGGGCGUGGCAACGCCCCCCCCCUCCGCCCACAAAAGUUUAAUAUUUAGCGGAAUUUUCAUGUUAGAGACCCCAAUUUUGGAACACAGGAUAAAUGUCAGAUUUCAAUUGUGUCCUGCAAAUUUGGUCCAGAUCGGAUAAUAAAUUUAGAAGUUAUUAAAAAAGAAAUUUUUUUGGUAGUAUUAUUCUAGUUAUUCAUUUUCAACUGCAUCAUUUUCAUCAAUUUCAUUAUUAUUAUAUAAAAAAAGUAUGUAUUUUUGUUCUUUCCUUGCGUCGAUACCAUUUGAAAACUAAAUUUCACCAGCCAACAGUUGGAUGACUUCUACUUCUACUCCCUUGCUUACGCCAAACUUGUGCAUUGCUGAACAAGAGGUUGCUUCCUAAAAAUUCAAAUUACGCAAAGAUUCGCAAAUAAACGCAAAUGAGCUAAUAUAUUCUGAAUUCAGAAUUGACAAAUCUAUAACAUAGUUAUGGACACUCACUGAUACUCUUUGAAACUUUUUUUAAAACCCUUUGCAAAGUUCAACUUUCUUUCUAUAAGUGACAAAGGAACACCACUUACUAAACAUACAAAUUGUUAAAAAAAAUACGAACGAAACACACAACGUAUUAGUAUAAAAAAAUAGUAUUAACCUUAAGAAUCAAUAUUCAAUUUGAAUUAGAUUAUUUAAUGAUUUUUUCUAAGAGAUAUGCAAAUUUGAAGUUGCACCACAAAAUUAACAUUUUUAACAGCACGUGGUUUUCGCUUGCAACAGCUGACUUUAACAGCUUGUAUUUUAACAGUAAGCUGUUAAAUUAACAUUUUAGGUAUGUAACACAGCAUUUUGAUCAUUUCUUAACUUGGUAAAAUUGAAAAAACGUAAAUUUGUAUAUUUUCAAAAAAUGAGUUUUGGCCACAAAAACGGGUCAAAUUCCACAUAGUGCAGUGGUAACACACACACACACAUAUAUCUAUAGAUGUAUAGUAUAGUAUAUUUAUGGUUCAAUUUUUGAAAAGUUUUCUUGUAAAUAAACGGACUUACAGUUUUAGCAAAUAGUAAACCAACAAAAAAAAAAACCAAACCUACAACCACAACAAGAGCAACAACCACUCGAAGAACAACUAUAUAUACAUGUGGGUCUGGACGAAAGGGCCAUUAAGUCAAUGCUGCAGUUGAAACCUAAUACGCUUCGGUAUGCACAUAUAUAUCUACGUAUAUAUAUGCGUACCUACACAUAUGUCUAUCUUGAUAUGUACUUGUAUGUGUUUUGUGUGUGCGUGUGUCCGUAUGUGUUUAUGCAACUUCUCGAUGUGUACUUGAUGUCAAAGUUAUUAAAAUUGUGUUUUAUCAAAAGCGUA